GUUGCCGUAGACCCGCUGCGGACACGAGAUAAGUCGGUGUGUGAUGGCUCCUCCCCGCUUUACUUCUCUUGUAUGACGGAUAAACGCAGACUGAGGCAAGAUGGGUCGCAAAGUAUUGGUGGCGACUUGCUCGCUGAAUCAGUGGGCGAUGGACUUCCAGGGCAACAUGGACAGAAUCUUGGACUCUAUCAUUCAAGCCAAAACCGCAGGAGCAACCUACAGAAGUGGUCCUGAGCUUGAAAUAACUGGUUACAGCUGUGCUGAUCAUUAUUAUGAAAGUGACACGAUGUUACAUUCAUGGGAAGUUGUGGCAGAAUUACUUCAACAUCCGUCAUGCACUGAUAUCAUGAUUGAUGUUGGCCUUCCAGUCAUGCACAAAAAUGUCACAUAUAACUGCAGAUUGGUUUUCCUAAACAGGAAAAUUUUAUUGAUCCGUCCAAAGCAGAUACUAUGUGAUGAUGGCAACUACAGGGAGACCAGAUAUUUCACAGCAUGGAGAAAGAUUCGUCAAGUAGAGGACCACUAUCUACCUCGAAUGAUCUGUAAGAUCACGGGUCAGAUUACAGUCCCCUUUGGAGAUGCCGUUAUAGCUACCAGAGACACCUGUAUAGGCUAUGAAAUAUGUGAAGAAUUAUGGAACCCAGAAAGUUGCCACAUUCCCAUGGCUUUGGAUGGAAUAGAGAUCAUUGUGAAUGGCUCUGGCUCCUACACAGAAAUUCGCAAGAGCCAUGUGUCUCAGGACCUUAUCAAAUCUGCAACAGCUAGAAGUGGAGGCUGUUAUGUGUUUGCCAAUCUGAGAGGAUGUGAUGGAGAUAGAGUAUACUUCCCUGGAAUUUCCAUGAUUGGUCUCAAUGGGUCAAUCAUUGCUCGUACAACUCCAUACAGUCUGUCUGAGGUUGAAAUAAUCACUGCCACAGUUGACUUGGAAUCAAUCCGUUGUUAUCGCUCUCUGAUACGCAGUCGGUGCCUACAUGCUUCUCAGAGUCAGGCUUAUCCACGUGUACAGGUCAACUUUGCUCUCUCCAAUGAUGAUGAUAUAUUCCUGCCAAUAUGCUCGCCUCUUGAGUAUAAACUCCCAACCCCCGAGGAAGAGAUCCUCUAUGGGCCAGCCUGUUGGUUGUGGGAUUACCUGCGUCGUUCUGGUCAAGGUGGAUUCCUCUUGCCACUGUCUGGGGGGGUCGAUUCGUCAUCCACUGCCACGAUUGUAUAUUCAAUGUGCAACUUAGUGGUAAAGGCUGUUGCAAGUGGGGAAGAGAAGGUUUUGGAGGAUGUGCGGCGCAUAGUGUCACAAGCAGAUUAUGUUCCUCGAGAUCCUCGGGAGCUGUGUGGUAGACUCUUUCACACGGUUUACAUGGCCACAGAGAAUUCAUCCAAUGAAACAAAGGCUCGUGCAAAGCUGCUGUCUCAGCAAAUAGGAAGCUACCAUAUUCCUAUUGGAAUCGAUAGUAUGGUUUCUGCUGCACUGGGAAUAUUUAGUGCUGCAACAGGGCAUAUCCCCAAAUUCAAAGUGCGUGGUGGGACAGUGAGGGAAAACCUAGCUCUGCAAAAUGUUCAGGCUCGUCUUCGCAUGGUCCUCGCAUACCUAUUUGCACAGUUGAUGUUGUGGGUACGAGGACGUCAAGGUGGCCUCCUAGUGCUUGGAUCUGCCAAUGUGGAUGAAGCUCUUCGUGGAUACAUGACCAAAUAUGAUUGCAGUUCAGCUGACAUCAACCCCAUCGGAGGCUUUUCCAAGUGUGAUCUGAAGAAGUUUUUACACUUAGCAAAAGAAAGACUGAAUCUACCUGUAUUAGGAGAAAUCCUAGGUGCUCCACCCACAGCUGAGUUAGAACCCUUGCAAGAAGGGAAGCUUGCACAGACAGAUGAGGCAGAUAUGGGAAUGACAUAUGAUGAGCUUUCACUUUAUGGGAAACUGAGGAAAGUGGAAUGUUGUGGCCCAUACUCCAUGUUUGGCAAACUUGUCCACCUUUGGUCUGAUCAGUGUACACCUAAAGAGGUGUCAGAGAAGGUCAAGGUGUUCUUCAGGUUCUACAGUGUAAACAGACACAAGAUGACAGUUCUUACUCCAGCCUACCAUGCAGAAACAUAUUCGCCUGAUGAUCAUCGCUUUGAUCACCGCCAGUUUCUCUAUAAUUACCGCUGGCUGUGGCAGUUUAGGGCGAUUGACAGGGCUGUAAUGAGUCACACCGCAGAGGGGUUGAAGUCACAGCAGAGCCAGUAACCCAUCGCCUGAUUCGCCAGACUGUGCAGUCAGAAGCUUCCCUGGCAACCAAUCCUUUCAACCUACCUCAGCAUGUGACCUACACUUGCAGUCAAUCUGUUGCUGAGGAUGAGGCAUCGCACAGGCAUAUUGGAUCCAGCAGUGAAGAAGAAAGGAAACGGCGUGGGUCUGCAUCCAUGGUCAUUCCUGCACAGAAAGCGAUUCGCUGUGGGGAUAAAGCUUCGGUCACAAUGCAACAACACACAACAACCAUACACCUGUGAAGUACUUAACUCUUGACUGUGUAGGAGCUGAAGAUAAUGAUUUCACCUUUACAUUUGUCUCUUUGGUUUAAAGUUACUUGGUAAUACAAAGCAACCUUAAUGCUCAACUAAUAAAUAACCUAGUCAGUUCAAUUUUUAAUUUCUUUGCUCUUGUUGAUGAAUUUGGGAAAAUACCUCAUACCUAAAGAUGUAUAGUCAAAAAAUUGUGCAGAUUUUAGAUGAACUUUAUAUUUCAAGUUAAUAUUGCUUUUUAGAAUAUUUUAAAUAUUUUAAUUUUUUUUACUAUAGUUUCUAACUCCUCUUCUUACUGAUGGCCAGAAAUCUUCAGUUUUGAAAGAAAAGUUUUACCUGUAAUCUGGUUUGUUUAAUAGUUAAAACUAGACAAAAUCCUUGCUAUGCAAUUUAUAAGAAAGAAAUCUACCAGUGUUCCAGCUUUAUUUUUUUUAAUAUACUUGUUAUUGAGCAGAAAUAUUUAUUCAGACUUUAUUGUAAUGAAGAAUGGAUUUUAA